CUGCAUGGUUUGGAGGAUCAGUUAGGCUGAAUCGUCUUCACAGUCGCACAACAAAAUUAGAAGAAGAAACAAAAAUUAUCCUUGAUACUUUUCAGGUGGCUGCAUACAGUAUGGUUGACCCUGUCCAAUUCAGAUUAUUUCCAUACAUUUUCCUUGUUUUUGGAACUGUGGCUUUUACCUAUAAACCAUUACCAGAGCCGAAAAAAGAAGUGGUUUCAAUCUAUCUUGAAAACUUUACGACACCGGGAUCCAGAUAUCCAUAUUUUAUCGAAGUUUACCGAUGCGUUGAUAUUGAAAUUCUGAAAUGCCAUGACAAAUAUCCUGUUCCAAAAACGAUGACAAAAAUCGAAGUAGUAGUGCCCGAUCCUACAAAUAACGAGCGGGAUCCUAGUGGCACGAAAAAGUUUUACAAAUAUACAAUAUUUAAUCAUACGUCUUGUAAAUGUGGACGUCUCGCCGAAAGGAAACUUUAUCACGUGUCAUUUAACAACCGUGUGUCAGAGGAAUAUUUCCUGCAAAAAUAUAAAGUAAAUCCAAUGAACCUGCUAAAUCAAUGCGAUUAUUGUAACACAACAAGAGAAAGAUUUAAACGCCUUCCAGGAAGAUUUCUUAAAAAAUAUCUCCCGUAUGAACAAUGCUUGCCUGGUUGCGUGGUGAAGGAAAAAAAAACAAAAUCUGUGGAAUUAGAAACGGGAUCUGGUGAAACUGAGAAUUUUCUGCUGACGAGUGAUACCAAGUGCGAGGCAUUCGAUAACAGAGUGAUACAUUCCAGCAGAUAG